AUGGAGUGUCACUGCAAGAAGGUUAUUAGCAAGGAAGAAAAGCCUCCGGAGGUUGGUUUUCAACUGCGCAUAAACAAAAGACUCAAACAUCUGCUGUUCCUACAAAUCUGCCUCUCACUCUACAUCACAACCAAGGUAGGAGGCACAAUACCACAACGGCCGACUGCUCCUUCAUUCUUUCCUGGCUUCAGGAAGAUGGAUUCUGUACCUCUAGCGACCGUUGCCAGUGUGAAACAAGAUAUCACUGGCGAGAAGAACCUCACAGACAAACCGAUCAAACGCAGUCUGGACUUUGGCACCGCUAAAAAGCGAAAGGCUUCUGUUGACAGUGAGGGUCUCCUCGCAUACAUUCGACAGAACGAGAAGAAGUGCGUAGAAUCCGAAAAGCGAAUCAACAAGGAACGCAUAGAGAAUUGGAAGCAGAAGGCAGUUGCGAGCUUCCAGGAGAAUGUGCAGCUGAGCCUUGAGAUUGCCCACCUACGCAGCAAGAACAAAGAUCUGGAGACGAGCAACAACGAACUGAAGAACAAUACUGGUGCGGACGAUGUACUGAAGAGGGAGAUGCAAACCGACCUGUUUGUGCUCCACAAAGUCUCUUCUGAGCUUAUGGAGCUCUCAGCCAUAUCUCCUCCCACGUGCUUGAAAGACAAUGGGAGGGCUGAGCAGUGGAAGGAACUUAUGGGAAGGAACGAGGCAAUUCUGCUGCGAAUCAAGGACAAGCUCUCGCCAAACUUGCCCAAGGGGCUGUCCUGGGAGAAUGUGGUCGCGUAUGUUAUGGAAUCUCAUAUAAAAGACUCAGAGGAGGAGUCCACAGGUUCGGAAUGA